AUGGCAGUUGCGGAUAUGGAUUCCUUACCAGAUGAAGUUUUGGAAUUUAUUUUAUCCCUUUUGCCUCCCUAUAAGGACUUGCACGAUUGCAUGAUGGUUAGCAGAAGGUGGCGAAGGUGCGUCCUGAACGUUGUUAAGCAGAAACAACGCAACUUGUACAGAGCAAUCAGCGAGUUCGACGUGAGAUGGGAACGCAUCACCCCCAUCGACAUGGCCCCCACGAUAUCCAAACGCUACUCGCACACCGCCGUUAUCCACGACAAUUCGAUGUUCGUAUUCGGCGGUUGCACGUGCGCCAUGACCACCUUCAACGACCUCUGGCGGCUGGACCUAUCCAAACGCAAAUGGAUCCGCCCCCUCGCCAUGGGGACCUACCCAUCGCCCAAGGCAUGUAGCUCCAUGAUCAGGCACAAUGAUACUUUGAUAUUAUUCGGAGGCUGGGCUUAUCCACCUUCUUAUCCAUUGUACCAGAGCUGGCAUUUGUUCAACGAGCUACAUGUGUAUGAUAUAAUUUCAAAUCGUUGGACUUCUGUUACGACGGAGAAUACGCCGCCACCGGUGGCUGGACAUUCGGUUUCGAUAGUAGGCGAGUGGAUGAUCAUGUUCGGGGGGUUGCAAAAGCCCUGCAAUGCGGUGCAUUGCGAGAAGAGCAACGAUAUAUGGCGGCUGAAUUUGAAGACGUGGACAUGGUAUAAGCAGGAAGUUGAAAAUGGACCCAAACCCACUGGGAGAUUUGGCCAGACCCAAGUAGUGAUAAAUCCAGAAAAUUUACUAAUUUUGGCUGGUUCUGGUGGACCGACAUACCACCAUUGCGACGCUUGGAUCCUAAACAUGGUCGGCGACCUGUGGACUUGGAAGAAGGUGGAAAUUCUAGGAAAAAACAACGAACCUACCAACAUAUGGAGCAACCCCGGUUGCAAAAUCGAUGACAAAAUCGUGGUCCUAAACAGAAUAAAAGAAUCAGACAAGAGCCCCAUCGCCGCCUACUAUCCCAAGGCUACUUGGAACGUCGCCAGCGCUAGGACAGCUCCCGAAGAUGGUAGACUGUCCAGGAUAGAUCUGGCCAACAGGGCGAACGAUAAAGAUGACAAUGUCAAUGGCAAAAGGGGCACUUUGAGGAACCAGAAACGCGUUGCCGAGGAAGAAGAACGACCACUAGGCGGUUCCAGCGGAAAUGUAAAGGUGCACGGGCUCCCAAGCUCCUCCUCGUUCAGUAUGUCAGCGUUUAACGGACCACCCGAAAGACGGACGGAAGCCAGCGAUAGAAUAAGGGAACGACGACUAGCCAAUCUUCUAAAGGUCGAAGAAAAUCUUACGAAAGGGGCGUACAAACGCGAGAAAAAGACUUACUAUCUCGGUGUGUACGUUUUAGACAUUUCUCGGGUGCUCGAAAAUCCGCCUGUAGCGACGUGGCAGCCGCCGAAAAAUUUAAAAAACGGUCCCGAAGAGACGAUCCUGUAUACGUUGGUUAAGGGCAAGUCAGAACUGGUCAUGUUCGGCGGCAUACAAAAGGACGCCAAUUCCAUAGGUUUCUCUAAAAAUUUGAGCAGUCAGAUCUCCAAUAGUUUGCAUUUCAUCACGGCGCCCAGCUACGUCAUUUAG